UUGCGCGACACAAACUAUGCGUGCGGUGGGUGCCCGGCUUCAGAUGAAGUUCUUUAACGGUGAACUCCACCCAUCUGUCUUCUGCAGGUCCCAGGUCAGCAGUCCUAGUGGUGAAAUAUUGGGGACGCACUCUGUGCAUGACACAGCUCUGAAGUCACAAGAAGAGAGGCGCUCUGCUCAGACCAGGUGUAGAGGCUCGGAGAUGAGCGGGCAGGUGGACAGUGGGAAGGAGCCGGUGCCUGGGCUCCACGAGAGGGUCACUCUCCUGGUGGACGGCACACAUUUUGUAGUGGAUCCUGCGGCCUUCACUGCUCACCCUGACACCAUGCUGGGCAGGAUGUUUGGUCCAGCCCGACAGCACAACUUCACCAGGCCCAACGGGAAGGGCGAGUACGAGCUCGCUGAGGGCAUAAGCGCCGGAAUCUUCCGGGUGAUCCUGGAUUUUUACCGGACAGGGGUCCUGCGCUGCCCGGACGGGAUAUCGGUUGCCGAGUUACGGGAGGCCUGCGACUAUCUCUGCAUCAACUUCGACUACAGCACCGUCAAGUGCCGGGACCUCAGCGCCCUGCUGCAUGAGCUGUCCAACGACGGGGCGUGGCAGCAGUUCGAGGGCUUCCUGGAGGAGCUGGUGGUGCCGGCCAUGGUGAGCAGCGCCCAGGGCGGGGAGAGGGAGUGCCACAUCGUGGUGCUGACGGACGACGACACCGUGGACUGAGUCGAGGAACACCCCCCUCCUAUGGGGGAGGAGUACUCUCAGAUAAUGUACAGCACCAAGCUCUACCGUUUCUUUAAGUACAUUGAGAACCGAG